AUGGCGCGGGUGCUCAUCGUGGGCGCCGGGCUGACGGGAAGCCUGUGCGCAGCGCUGCUCAGGAAGGAGGCGCCCCGUCCUGUGCACCUCGCGGUGUGGGACGAGGCUGGGGACUCAGGUGUGUCAUGUUUCUUGUGAAUGAAUCCAACCUACAAUCCACAGAGCACGGUUGACUUGGGUGCCCAGUACAUCACCUGCACACCUCAUUAUGCCAAACAACACCAAAGUUUUUAUGAUGACCUGUUAGCUCUUGGCAUUUUGAAGCCUCUGACCUCUCCUAUUGAAGGGAUGGUGAUGAGAGAAGGAGACUGUAACUUUGUGGCACCUCAAGGAGUUUCUUCGAUUAUUAAGCAUUACUUGAAAGAAUCAGGUGCUGAUGUCUACUUCAGACACUGUGUGACCCAGAUCAACCUGCGAAAUGACAAGUGGGAAGUCUCCAAGGAAACAGGUCCCCCCGAGCUGUUUGACAUUGUUGUCCUCACAAUGCCAGUUCCUCAGAUUCUGCAGCUUCAAGGUGACGUCGCAAACUUAAUUAGCAAAUGCCAAAGGCCACUGGAGUCUGUGAGCUACUCCUCUCGCUACGCUCUGGGCCUCUUUUAUGAAGCUGGCACGAAGAUUGAUGUCCCUUGGGCUGGGCAGUACAUCACCAGUAAUCCCUGCAUACGCUUCAUCUCCAUUGAUAAUAAGAAACACAAUAUAGAGUCAUCCAAAAUCGGGCCUUCCCUUGUGGUUCACACCACUGUCCCGUUUGGAGUCACCCACUUGGAGCACAGCACCGAGGAUGUGCAGGAGCUAAUCUUCCAGAAUCUGGAAGGCAUCUUGCCAGGCCUGCCUCGACCAGUUGCGACCAAAUGCCAGAAAUGGAGACAUUCUCAGGUUACAAAUGCUGCCAUCAACUCCCAUGGCCAGUUGACUCUUCAUCUCAAACCUUUCCUUGUGUGUGGAGGGGAUGCGUUCACCCAGUCCAACUUCGAUGGCUCCAUCACUUCUGCCCGGUGUGUUCUAGAAGCUUUAAAGAACCAUGUUUAGCACUUGUAUCUUUGUCCUCUGUGUGAGCUUCAGGUUUUUGUUUUCACAAGUUUCUGUUAUCGAUUA